UCCUUUAUUUUUCAACUCACAUAUCGCAAUUUCUCCCGGUUUUGGUUUCCAGAAAAAAGUGAAGACAGGCAAGGAUGCAGAUAUCUCUACAACUUGCAGAUUAGAAGCUUCUCCCAUACCUUUAGGAGGAAAAGAGGAUACAUGGGCAAAUCAGCCAAAAACCUCUGAGUAUGUAUUUUUCAAGAAGUUAAAGGAGGAUGCAAGCCAGAUAUGUCAUUUGAAUUCCCAGCAAAAGGAUGCAUGCCUAUCAAAGAAGCCUGAACCAAAUGACUGUUUUAGAGAGAGGACCAGCAAUGUGAGGGUUAGUAAUAAGUGCUUCAACCAUUCAACCCUCAUUGAGAACAUGCCAACAGUUAACUCUGACAUAUUUCUCACUCCAUCUGGUGGAGCCUUGAAGAAGACAGACAAGUAUACUGUUGGUAGCACCAGCACACAGGAGCACGUUCAAGAUCAAGGAUAUGGUGACACCCUUCAACCCAAGGACAAGUCUUUACAUGAAGAAAUCCAAUCUAUGCAGGGGAAAGCCUUUUGCAGAAAGAGACAGAAGCUGCGUCAGUGGGUUGUAGAUACUUCAUUUCCUGAUAUGGAUAAACUCUGUUCCAAAGGGCAUGAUAUUGUCUCCAUGCUCCUUACUCGGCUAAUCUCUGACAGCAAUGGGGAAAAUAAAGAUAAUAAUCCAAAGUUGGGGACAGCAGUAACCGCCACCCCCCAUGAUUUCCUUCUAUCUCAAGAGUAGAUAUUCAAUAUACGGAACACUACAUGCCUGGGAAGAAACUUCUCGAACUGGAUUCAAGAUCAUACUCCAGUGAUCAUUUGUCAUCUCCUAUGUUCCAAGGGUCAGAUGAUAGAAUAAUUUCUUGUGCUGAUUUUUCAACCAAUCAUUCUGACAAGUUCUACCCAUCCUACACAAUAACAGAACCUCAGUACAACUUCGGUGGAACUGCAAGUUUUAGUGCCAACUGGUUAACAGACCCUGAGUGCAACUUCAGUGAAACUGCACAUAUCAGUGUCAAUAGGGUUAUGACUCAUGGCUGUCUACUUAAUAAACAGGAGCAAAAAACCUUUGCAUGGAAUCAUUCCAACGAGCAAGGGAAACUGAGGGGAGAACCUUAUCCUCUUCCACUGGAAAAUAUUACGGACACAGAUGAGGAAAAUAUCCAUGUGUCUCAAGACUGGGAUAUUCAAUAUAAGGAACGUCAUGUGCCUAGGGAGAAACUUCUUGAACUGGAUUCAAGCUUGUACUCCAGUGAUCAUUUGGCAUCUCCUUUGUUUGACAGAUCAGAUGAUAGAAUAAUUCAGUGUGCUAACUUUUCAACCUAUUGUUCUCACAAGUUUCACCCUUCAUGCAGUACAGCAGAACCUGAGCGCAACUUUGAUAGAACUCUGAGUUUCAGUCCCCACUGUAUCACAGGUCCUGUGUGCAACUUUGGUGGGAACACACCUUUCAGGGCCAAUAGUGAUAUGACUAAUGGCUUUCUGUUUAAUGAACUAGAGCCUGAAACCCUUGCAUGGACUCGUCUAAAUGAGUCAUGGAAACUUGGGAGAGGACCAUAUCCUCUUCUACUGGAAAAUGGGUUCCAUAGUCCAGCACAUGAGAUACACGUACCCAUCAAUCACAACAAUGCUACAUUAAAUGGCCUUCCUACAUCAUUUCCUUCAACAGGCAAUUGGAAAGAGCUGAUGUUAAAUAAUAUGUUUGGUGAACACAGGUUUUGCCCUUCAUUCAUACUUCCAAACCAGCCACUGGACUUGAAUUCAAUGCUGGAUUCCGGUUUAUUGAGAUAUCAAGAAUGCAGGUUUGGAAAAUCUGUCUUUGACACAGUUUUCAGCCAUAAUUCCUUAUCCUUGUCACACAAUGAGGACCGUCUCAAACUGUUAGAAGAAUGCCAUAAUGAUAAUUCAUGGGUUCCAGUUCCAGACAGCUUCUACCAUUCACCUAAUCGGUAUAUGUUUAGGGAGACAGUUUACCAUGACUGUCAUCGCCAAGCUGAUGCUAAUACAGAAGCCUGGCUUUCAUCUUCACUCAAUUUUAUAUCAGGAAGGGGGUGCCUUUCCUUGUCUGAUUCCCAUCUGGAGCACCAAAUUCCUUAUUAUGGUCCAUUGCAAUUGGCCCCAAGGGAAAGGGUGUCUGAUCAAUUUCAUAUUGAAGAUAAUUGCGAGCAAGAUCCGGAUGGUGUGAUAGAAGGAGAAAUGUUUUGUCAAUUUAAGGAAGAUGCAUUAAAAGAUUAACUCUUCCUUCCCUCUCAUAUUCAUGCAAAGAAACAGAGGAAAGCCCAUUUCUGCUGCUUAACAGUGACAAUAUCAGUGAGAAAAGAUCAAACACUCAAGGUGAUCCUGUAGACUCAUUCGUGGUUAUAUGAUCGAAGUUAACCCAUGCUUUUUUUUUUUUUUACCCCUUUCAAGAUUACCAGUCAACUGUUGGCCCUUUUGUAGAAAUUGUAAGGGUUUCUAUUACGAGAUUCUCCAUAUUGACGCCUUUAGAAGCCUGCAUUUGAAUCUCGUGUAGGAGCAUGUAGGUGUCUUGUGACUUUUCGGCCAAACCGAGAUUGCAUGCUUUUAAUUUACCGACAGUGAUGUUUUUCUUGGAGUACCGACGGGACAUUUGAUUCUUUCAAAAUUUCUGUGUUUCAAUUUCAAACGUAAAAAAACAUAGACUGGUCUUUAGUGUUAACUUUU